UUAAUUAGAUGCAUCCAUCUAUACUCCAGUCAUAUGUGUUCUUCCACAUGUUCCAUAAGCGUUGGAAUCUUGAGAUCAUUGGUGUUCCACUUACAGAGUCUGUAGAUUGUUCUUUACAAUAAUAAUAAUUCAUGCCAGUAGUUUCCUUUUUUUUUUGUAUGGGAAAUUUCUAUAAACAACUUCAGUGAGAUCAAGCUCGAUAUUAUCGAAAGAUUUCCUUUCAUUCGCAUCUGCGCAGCAUAUUGAAGUGUAUUUGAAUGCUGAGAUGUGACUGGUGCUCGUGAAGAAACAUGGAAGAGACUGACAUGACUCAUUGAAGAGAGAGUUAAAAUCAGUUAGAAUUGACUAAGAAUUUGACUUUGGGUCGAAUGUGUGUGGUGACAAGAAAAUUCAAAGUGUCGAACCUCCGAUGAAAUCACAUUAGCAGCUGCCGUUAACCUUAACGUUACCUCCUGGGAAAAUAUGUUACAACGUCAUGAAGUAUUGUUAUUUGACGAACAGAUAACAAAUUUAGAUUUCUGGAUAUGACCCUUGGAGCUCAUUUAUAUGCUGAUUACAUUGAAUUGAAUAUUGUGACCUGGCAGUUGCUUGGGGGUUGUGAUAAUAUGACGUUUUAUAAGGUGUCGAAGCAUAACAUGAGUCCCCCAAAUGUGUCAAUAGUGUAGAUUGUUCAAGGGUUAUAUAGUUUUUGGAAUUUGUUCUGUAUAAUGCAUACUGAGAAUGAUCUUGAAGGAAAGGCAGAAGGUGAUCCAGAGACUUCGGUCACUUCUGCUACAAAUAGAUCAUCCAUUCUUGAAGAAGAUCUUGCCUUGAGCUCAUCAACUAUAUGUAAUAGUGAUAAAAGUCCUACCGAGGGUAUGGCAGCUAGACUUGCUGCAAGGGAAGCAAAUAGAAUAAUUUAUGUGAAUGAGGAUGCAAUGGAUUGUAAUUAUGGGGAGACCACUGGUAUGUCAAGAGUUGUGGAGGAGCCUUGCAGUCCUGAGCUGUUUAAUAGUGACACUGAGGAAAGUCCAAAAGAAACAGAAACAACAGAAACUGGGAGAACAUUGAAUGAUGAAAUGUCCACAUCCGUUAUUCAGCCGACGCAAGCCGAAGUCUUGGCAAAAUCUGAUUACUGUCUGUUGGCCAGAAUUAAUAAACAUCUCAGUGGUGUUCCUCCACCCCCUAAACAUACGAUAUGCCAGAAAGACUGCAACGAUUUUCUAAACUAUAUCAAGCAGAAUCGUAGCUUCUUCUGGACAUAUACACCAUUGGCAGACAAAAAUACACAUGUUGUGUAUGCUCCAAUCAAUAAGUCUCCAGAGGAGAGUAGAGUCAAUCAUAUAGAGACAAUUUAUCAACGACAAGCAAAAAGUACAUCUAGGAACUUGUCAACUGCCUUCGAUGCCUGCGACAUAUCUACGGAGCCAGUAAUAACUACUAAAGAAUCUUGUAUACAAGAUGGUACAGAUGUCAGUAGUAUUAGUACACCAGUGGACAGUGGUGAAACAAUUGUAAAAAGUAAAAGCCUUGUCAAAGACAGUUUUGGUCUGGAUGAUCUAGGAGGGAGUGACUGUGGUGUAUCGAGUAGCUCCACGAUUUCGACGUUAAUCCGGACGGAGCCCGAGAUACCUGAAAAUGAGGUAAAGAAGGCAACGAGCUGUAACAUUUUGGAUGAACGUUCUUUAUUACUGUAUAACACUGUCAACGAGCAGGAUGUGGUGAAUCUUUCAUGGGACGAAGCUUUCCAUCACAAGUAUCAUGGGAUACACUACAACAGGAGCAAGUCAGUAGAGGAAUUCGAAACUCUCACUGCAAAACUAUGCGAGAGAUACGUAGGGGCAGAGACGCAGUCAACCUGCAACAUAUGGUUUACGAAACAGGCACCAGGAAGUGCGAGAAAGCGUCUCCUGGGAAAACGAAACAUCGGUCAGAGUCCAGGAAAGCGUUUGAGCCACUUAGCCAGACGUCGCAGAACAUUUUCUAGUGCAAAUUUACAGGGUAUGAUGCAUGCAGACAAGAAACAAUUGGUCCUUAACGUAAAAAGGUCUACUUUACGAAAAGGCAAGAGUCCCCGUGGUAAAAGUCCUCGAGGUAAAAGUCCACGAGGAUCUGUAAAGAAUCGAGCAGCAUCCAGAAGAGUAUCCACAGAUGGUCCCAGUCCAAGAAGGUCUAAAUUAGAAACUUCGAAACGUGCUCUAUUCCAGAGUCCUUCAACGGAUCGCGCAGGUCCUAGCAGAUUAUGCACCACAUCGAACAGCAAUCCCCAGAAGAUUAAGAGGGCGCUUUUCCCUACCCCAAAGAAGAAGGAAGAAGAGAAUACAGACGUCUUCAAAAGACUGACCUUCGAGGAAACGCGCAAGAGGAAAAACGAGGACGAUCUAGAAGGUCCUAGAUUAAAGUGGGCUAAGAGUCUAUCCUUCGAUUGUCCCCACGACAUAGAGAACGAAUCGAUAACGUUCUUAGACAAUGAGAGACACUCUACAGGAAGUAUUCGCACCAAGAGUGAUUCCGCUUCUCGUCAAGCUAUCUGCGAGCUCAGCGACGCUCACAAGAAGAAGCUUCUGUGGGCCGUCGCCCAGGCUCUGAAAAGUAAAGGCAUAGAUAUGAGACAUCCCAGAUUCAAACAAUAUGCCUCAACCUUGGCACGUACCGUCAAGAAGUUCAUGCCUGAUCUUGAAAAUAGAAAUAUACCUCGGAAGCCGGGCAGCACCAGCGACCGGAUGCUCAAAUUGGCGAAACACCAUGUUCUUCUCGUAAUGGAGAAUUCAAAGGUUGCCGAUAAUUAGUCAGUAAUUAAUUAAUUUCUUAGAUUAGUUAUUAUGAUGUUCAAUUAGGUAAGGCAUUCUGAGGGCGAGCUGCUCCUGUCGAGCGUUUAAAUGACAUAACGCAAUGAAGUCUAAUGAAUUUUACAAUUUAUUGUGAAGAGUGAAGUGAUAGAAAGACUGCUGUUUCUGAUAAAAAAAAGAGAGAAACAAAAAUGAAAAGAGAAAAAUAAAAGAAAUAAUGAACGAGCGUUUGAAGGACAGCGGCGUAGAACCCUUGUGAUUUUAAAUUAUUUAAGUCGUUGACGAUUAAGGUGCGGUCGCAUUUAUGUACAGUGAUAUCGAUUUAUAUUAACUAUUUGUAUGGUUUCAGUGACUAUGCAUACUUAGACUUGGCAAACGGGAGUUAUAUGCACAAUUAAAAUACAGAUCGAGAAAGUACACAGACAAACUCUGAGAUACGUGACCCGCGAUAAUUAAGAUACGAAUAAUAAUAGCACUAACGUUUUUACAAGUAGAACGCAAAAACCGCGGGAGGGACAAUCGUUUUAUAAACCUAUUUUUUUAUCAAGAAUAUGAUACAGUCUAUUUUAUCAGCACGCAGUAAUACCUGAUAGCGAAAAUGCGAGAGCUUAUGAAGUCGUACCUUCUUAAUAGAAUUGAAUUUGGAUACAUACUCCCGAUUAUUUUGUCUCAUUAAACUGUAUGAUUGUCUUGCGGCAGACUAUUUUAUUUUUAAUUUGACUAUUCGAUACUGUACUAGAUUUCAUUCUCACGGAGAUAACAGUGUUGUCUCCAUUGGCUGAUAAGGAAGUGGAAAUACUUGUGUGCAAGAAAAAAGGAAUGAGUCAAUGAAAUUGUUAUAAAAAUAAAACGAACAUGUAGUUUAUUUCGACAAUAGACUAUUUAAUUGAAAAAAUAA